AUGUCGAAGCAAUUUGUCGGUUUUUCGGAUGAUGACAUCUUUAAAAUUACCCGCCAAACAAAUGGCAAAGAUACGGCAAAGGAACCGUCGCGUCCUCACAAUAGAUUGCCAAAAGCACCACCGGGUGCUGUUAAGUUUGUUCCUCCACCGAUUCCUGUAGAUAACGGCAAUCUGAGUACAGUCAGCUGUGUCGAUUCAAGUAUUUAUCCGAAUCAUCCUAUACAACAAGCCGUUGCUUUUAAACCACUGCCUGUAAUGAUGAAUGCACCUUCGGAUGAAUCCAUUCUGGUACUUCCCAAUCAGCCGAUAGCUAGCAGGCAUGCUGAGCAUGUUAUUGCUACUAGCACUCCUGGGGUGAUCAAUACUCACCCUAUGGAUACGGUCACUCCAUUUAAAGGAAUGUCCCUUAAAGAUUUUGAACAUCAGCGAAAGUUGAUGGAGGAGCAAAACCGUCAAAAACGCGAAAUUUUGCAUAAAGCUAUAGAGCAACACGCCCAAAAAACAGCUGCCGAAGCGAGCAAGAUUCAGGAGAUAAAAUCUGAGCUCACCAAACUAGAUUCCGAGCUGGCAUCGGAUGUUGCGAUUUUACGGAAACAGAUUGAUGCUGCAAGCCUUCACUUUUCAAACGUCGAGAAAAACUAUCUUAAUAUUGAAAAUCUAUUUCUUAAAGCCAAAGUAGAGCUACACCAAGCUCUGGAAAAGAAAGAGAUGCUCACCGAACACUUGUGUGCUAUCAUUUCGCAUAAUGAAGAAAGGAAAGCGAAACGUUUAUCCGAGCUGAUGGAAAAGGUAGGCAUCGCGGUUAAUGGGGAUUUUGACGAUACAUUCAAUGGGAACAAUACGUGUCCUGCCGAUGUUAUACCUGGGCAGGGCAGCAACACACCGACCAACAAUUGA